AUGGAAGUCGGUGCCCCCGUGUGGGUCUUCGACCGUGAAUUGUGGCACGAGGCGGUCGUUGCCGCUCCCGUAGACGCGUCUUCGGGUCUCGUGGAAUGCGCUAUCGAACCAGAGCCUAAUGACGAGCAUCUUGUGACCCCCGAGGGAGACGACGUCGUCCCCGACGCGCAGGACUUCCAGACGCCGCGUAAACGUCGUAAUUCGCGACGUAACUCGAUGCGACGGACAGUUUCCAUUCAAACAGAGCUCGUACUACCGCGUAACCAGGGAGAACACUACCACACCGUACAGGACUUGACCAAACUCGUACAUCUACACGAACCCGCGAUUCUACAGGUGCUGAGACGACGGUUCUUCCAUGGAGAGAUUUACACCAGUACAGGUCAAAUUUUGGUGGCCAUGAACCCGUUCAGACGUCUGUCAUUAUACUCGGACGACAUCAAGGACCAGUACUAUGAUCUAGGUGGGAAUGCGCAGGCUGACAAGAGUACUAUAGCUCCGCACGUGUACUCCGUCGCAGAUCAAGCAUUCCGGACCAUGUUGGUGCCACGAUCAGGCGACAAGAAGACGGAUCAGACUAUCCUUGUGAGCGGUGAGAGCGGUGCCGGGAAGACGGAGACCACCAAGCUCAUCAUGAACUACUUGGCCUACGUCUCCACUAAGCGCACGCGUCGUUCGAUUCGAGCGAGCAAUUGCGACCAGACGACUAUUCACGACCGGGUGCUGGAGUCCAACCCCAUUCUGGAGGCAUUUGGCAAUGCUCGGACCACGAGAAAUAACAAUUCCAGUCGCUUCGGUAAGUUCAUCAAGCUGGGCUUCACCUCUUCAGGCGAGAUGCUGGGCGCUUCGAUCUCCACGUACCUUUUGGAACGCGUGCGUCUCGUGUCACAGGGCAAAGGGGAACGCAACUACCAUGUUUUCUACGAAAUGUGUCGCGGUAGUUCUGCGUCGGAACGUGAGGAACUGGUACUAUUGGACCUACCUGAAUACGCGUAUUUAAAUCAAUCCGAGUGCUACGAACGUCUGGACGGUGUGGUUGAUGCCGAGUCGUACCAGGUGACGCGACGAGCCAUGUCUAGUAUUGGCAUGAGCUCUGACGAACAGCUCAACGUGAUGAAGAUCGUCUCUGCGGUGCUGCACUUGGGUAACUUGUGCUUUACGACAGCUACACGCAACGGUGGCAAGGAUGACGCCUCUGUGGUGGAUAUGGACGAAUGUGGUGCGAACAUCCGCGCCAUUUGCUCGCUUCUUGGCGUGGAGGAGGACGUGCUAUGCAGUACUCUGUGCACGAAGAAAAUUAAGGCAGGUGCAGAGUUCAUUACGACUCGUCUGCCUGUCGCACAGGCGCUCUCGACGCGAGACUCAGUUGUUAAGACCCUGUACUCGAAUCUAUUUAACUGGCUCGUGGACCGCAUUAACCGGAGUAUCGAGUACAAGGAAGAAGCUGGAGGCAGUCAGUUCAUCGGUGUGGUUGAUAUCUUCGGCUUUGAGAUUUUUGAGCAGAACCGUCUGGAGCAGUUGUGUAUCAACUAUGCGAACGAGAAGCUCCAACAAUUGUUCGGCAGGUUCGUGUUCCGUAUGGAGCAGGAUCAGUACGUAGCGGAAGAAAUUCCCUGGAAGUUCGUCGACUAUCCGAACAACGACGUCUGUGUGGCUCUUGUAGAGAAGCGACAUACCGGUAUCUUCUCUCUGUUGGACGAGCAAUGUCUGAUCCCUCGCGGUAACGACGAGAAGCUGGCGAACAAGUACUACGAACUACUAGCAGGCAAGCACGAGAGCUUCUCAGUGACCAAACUGCAGCGAGCCAAGGGCCAGUUUGUGAUUCAUCACUAUGCUGGCAACGUGUGCUACAUGACGGAUGGCUUUUGUGACAAGAACAAAGACCACAUGCACACUGAGGCUGUGGAUCUCCUGCGUACGUCCAAGUUCUCGUUUGUGCGUGCAUGCUUCGAGAACAGUGUCAAUGCUGCUGGUAACUCGAGUCCACGAAAUGGUCGGACGGAGUCUCGUGGCAGUGAUGGCACUCGUCGUCGAUCUGGCGGCAUCAUGUCGUCUACAGUCGUGGCGCAAUUCAAGAGUCAGCUCAGCUCGCUUCUGGAAGUGUUGAAUGCAACGGAGCCUCACUUUAUUCGCUGCAUCAAACCCAACGACCAAGCCAGCGCUUCUCAGUUCGAACGAAAACGUCUCCUGGAACAGCUGCGCUGCAGUGGUGUACUGGAAGCCGUCAAGAUCUCUCGGAGUGGCUACCCUGUGCGUUUUCCUCAUGAAGUAUUUAUCAAAACGUACAGCUGCAUCUUGUCCCAGGUACCAAGUGCCCAAGGACAAGUGGAGAAAGAAGUGGCGCUGCAGAUGGUGGACAAGUUGGCUACAAAGCUUCAAGUGGUGACGGGUGCCAAGCACCCUCCGUUCCAAGUGGGCAAGACGAAGGUUUUCUGCGUUCUUGAAGCUCAUCAAGCGCUGGAAGCUGCUCGAUCAAAGGCUCUGUACAAAUCUGUGAUCACCUUGCAGCGAUACUGUCUCGGGUACACGAUGCGUGCGCGCUAUCAACGUAGGCGUCGAUCGAGUGUUCGCAUCCAAGCGAUGUGGCGCUCGUGGUAUUGCUGGCAUCGAUAUCAACGCAUUGUUCGUCGUCAACGCGCCGCUGUGAAGUUACAGAGCACAACUCGAGGAUUCCUGGCGAGGAAGCAACUCAAGCGCAUUCAUGCAGUCACUGUGAUCCAAUCUUUCGUGCGUGGAUGGCUGGUUCGACGCGAGUAUUCUGCCAACACAUUGAGCUUCGAACAUGACGUGUCUUACGUGGGAUCUCUGGAUGAACGUAGCACCACGGCAAGCUCGAUUUCACUCGCCGAGUCGAUUUCUAAGGACCGGAAGAACACGACGAUCUCGUUCCAGAGCUCCGUGUCCACGAGUGACUACUCAGAUACGGACGGGAGUAUCAGUAUCAGAAGCAGCUCUCGCAUCUCGAGGAAGAAGAUGAUCGAAGAGUACGAGCCGCCCACACAGAUCCAGAACGAGUACGAGAUCGUCUGGGAGUGCGGACUGUUGGGUCUGUACUUCGAAAGUGACCCUAUCUCCAGUUUGCCUAUUGUGCGUCGAGUCCACGAGAGUUUGAGUAACUGCGCCGACAUCUUUGAAGUCUCGCGCGGUGACGUUCUGCUUGCCGUGGGAAAGGUGAAGGUGAAAAAGGGAGACAUCCGUCGCAUUUUGACUCUUCUUCAAGAAGUCCAGAAGCCUGUGCGUCUUCAUUUCCUCCGCAAUCCGACCGAGUCAUUCCGACUUCGAUCAGGAUCUCUAGAACUUCUGGGAGAAGAGGAUUACGAAGUAUUGUGGAAAGAAGGAGUACCUCUCGGUCUUGGCUUCCGUCCGGACCCAAGCACUGGAUACCCGUGCGUGUUGCAGUCUCAAGGCAACCAGCUUUUACCUGGCAUGUUCAACGUGCGAGCGGGCGAUCAUCUGGUCUUCAUUAACGAGUUUUCGACACAAGGUGUGCGCUUCCAGAAGGUCAUUGACAUCUUGGAAAGUGGCCCUCGACCAGCCGUGCUGCGCUUCCGUCACACGGACCUUGUGGAAGACCCACAACAUCAACUUGACCAGACGAUGUCUCUGGACAGCUCGGUCCUGUCGAACCCGCAAGACGAUUCUCACUCCAUGGGGAUGUCACGCAUGACGCGUCCGUCCCGUGUGAGUAUGAACCCAAAGAAUGAUCACUCACUGUACUACAUCACGUGGAAAGAAGAGGACGGUCCGUUGGGUAUCGUCGUCAAGCAGGAAAGCACGAGCUAUUACCCUCGUGUGAUCAACGUCAAGAGCGAGGGAGCUGUGACGAGAGAGUCGCAGAAGAACCGCGUGGAGAUCGGCGACGUUCUGCUGAGUAUCAACAACAACAACAUCAGCAAAAUGGGCUUUGGGGCAGCCAUGAAGCUGCUACAGAAAGGUCCCAAGCCGCUUCUUCUUAUGUUCCAGCGUCCGCGAACGUCUCUGUCAAUGACGACUAGGAGCUGCAACCUGUAGUCCUCGUCCGCCGUGUUAAGUAAAACAAGUUUUGGGCCACAUGCACAGCAAAGGUCUGCAGACGAGGAUGCAGUUUGGUUAGAAGCUUCUGUGAGAUCUUCACCCCGUACGGACCUGUUGGGGAAUUUUUUUUUCAUUGCGUUCAUCGUCAGCAUUGGCCGCCUUGAAAUAUUUUGAAUAUUGGUUUUGUUAUAAAGAAAAGUCAAGCUUUCAUGUUA